AUGGCGUCAACAAAAUCCGCAGAUCUCGGAUUUCCAAUCUAUGUAUGCUUUUGUGCUUUCGUAGCCGCCAUUUCUGGUUUUAAUGUCGGAUGGCAUAUUGGUGUCCCCAACAUGCCUGCCAAAAUCAUUACCCAAUGUCCUGGUGGAGAAACAACAAUCGGCGGUCUUCCCUCUUGUUUGCCUAUGGACAGCUUUACUUGGGGUUAUACGGUUGGUGCUUUCGCUCUUGGUGGUCUUGCAGGUGCUUUGGCAACUACUUACCUUAACGUAUGGUUCACCCGUCGCCAAAACAUCAUCAUUUCUUGCGGCUUGUAUAUUGUUGGUGGUGUGCUAUCCGCAGCAUCCGCGCAUGUUGUCAUGUAUGCUGUUGGUCGUGCUUUUGUUGGUCUUGCUUCGGGUGGAGCUGGUUCUUCAGUUGCCAUUUACAUCUCGGAAAUUUCAACCAAGAGAUGUCGUGGUGCCCUUGGCAGUGUGUUUGAAUUCCUUCUCAAUAUGGGUAUCCUUUUGUCUUUUGUCGCUGGCCGAUAUAUGGCAUUUGCUCCUGUGUGGCGUCUUGGAUGGGCCAUUCCCACCAUUGUUGCUGGUAUUCAGAUGCUGACCAUGAUUUUCUUCUGUGCUGAAUCUCCUCGACGUUUGUGCGCCGAUGGAAAAUACGACGAUGCCAGAGCGGCUUUGCAACGAUUCCGCAAGGGUGCUGAUAUUACUGAAGAAUACCAAGAUUUGAUCGAUGCCCGCCAGCGUGAAAUUGAAUCUGGUGUGCAAAAGAUGAGCAUGCUUGAUGUUAUUCUGUGCAAGGAUAGACACGUCAGCUGGAAUACUUUCAUUGUCGUGAUGAUUCAAGCUUCCAACCAAGUUGGUGGUAUUGGACCCUUGUCUGGUAUGUUAUCAUUAUCGUCAUUGAAUAUGUACACAAUAAUCUAUGCUGCCAGUUUCCUUACUACCGUCUUGAAUGGAAACAGCCAACUUGCUAGCGAUAUCUCACUUGUUAAUGCUACUGGCAAAAUUGUCGCUACGUUUAUCACGAUUUUCACUUUGAACAAAGUCGGUCGUAAGGGUUUCAUGUUGAUCUCAUCUCUGGGCAUGUCUAUCUUCUGUAUGUUCAUCGUCAUUGGUGCCGUCCUUGGUGAGACUCGAGAAGGUCUUGGACCUUUGGUUAUCUGUGGUGCCGUUGCAUAUACUUUUGUGUAUGCUAUGGGCUGCGGUACUAUCCCAUGGAUCAUUGCUCCCGAACUUUUGCCCCUCAAGGCUCUUCCUCCUGGUUCCGCUUUGGGUGGUGCUUCCAACUGGUUCUUCAACUUCCUCAUCAACACCCUUUGGCCCCAGCAAUUGGCAAAUCUCGGCAACUACAGUUUCAUUGUAUUUGCUGUUGUCAACUUUAUUCUUUUCCUGUUCUUUUUGUUCUUUAUGCCUGAAACAACUGGCAGAGAUCUUGAUGAGAAGAAGGCUCCCAGCGGCGAUGUUGAAAACCACGGUUCGGCUGGUUCGACCGAAGGCAACUCCUUCUCUGACGAGGUCAAGCAAGAGAAAACCCACAUCGAGCAUGUUAACUAG